AAGGAAUUUUCUAUAGAUUAAAUAUGCAAAUAUUGAAUAAGACAGCAGGAGUAUUUUCCAAGCCAUCAAAAAAGAAAAUUUAUGAAUUUUUAAAAAGUUUUCCUUUUCAUCCUGGAAAACUAUUUCUUCAUAAAUUAGUUUUGGGAAUUGAAACCAGCUGUGAUGAUACAGCAGCUGCUGUGGUGGAUGAAACUGGAAAUGUGUUGGGAGAAGCAAUACAUUCUCAAACUGAAGUUCAUUUAAAAACAGGUGGGAUUAUUCCUCCAGUAGCUCAACAGCUUCACAGAGAAAAUAUUCAACAAAUAGUUCAAGAAGCUCUCUCUGCUAGUAGAGUCUCUCCAAGUGAACUGUCAGCAAUUGCAACUACCAUAAAACCAGGACUUGCUUUAAGCUUGGGGGUAGCAAGAAGACUUUCUUUAAUAAAACAUCCAGAGUUUUCCACCAUGAGUGGAGGGAAGGCUAUAGAGCAUUUAGCCAAACAAGGAAAUAAAUUGCAUUUGGAAAUCAAACCUCCCAUGCAGCAUGUUAAAAAUUGUGAUUUUUCUUUUUCUGGAUUUCAAAGCAUUACUGACAGAAUAAUAAUGCAAAAGGAAAAAGAGGAAGGUAUUGAGAAGGGGCAAAUCCUCUCUUCAGCUGCAGAUAUUGCUGCUGCAGUACAGCAUGCAACAGCAUGCCACAUAGCGAAAAGAACACAUCGUGCUAUUCUGUUUUGCAAGCAGAGAGGCUUGUUAUCUCAGACUGAUGCGGUACUGGUUGUCUCUGGAGGUGUUGCAAGUAACCUCUAUAUCCGAAAAGUUCUGGAAAUUGUAACAAAUGCAACACAGUGCACUUUGUUGUGCCCUCCUCCCAGACUGUGCACUGACAAUGGCAUCAUGAUUGCAUGGAAUGGUAUUGAAAGAUUACGUGCUGGUUUGGGCAUUUUACAUGACACAGAAGGCAUCCGCUAUGAACCGAAAUGUCCUCUUGGAGUAGAUAUAUCAAAAGAAGUUGGAGAAGCCGCCAUAAAAAUACCACAUUUAAACAAGAUGAUUUGAUUGUUGCUUAUCAAAAAAAAUCCCUAGAGGUGGUAUUUCAGCUUUAAAAUUGUCUUAAUUUUUUUAAUAUAUCAAACUGUAGAAGAUAUAUGCUAUGAAUUGUUCAUAAGAGCGUUCUCUUAGUGUGAUAUUUAACUUGCUCUUCUGAGAGGCUAUAAUAAUGUUACAGUCAUAUAAAAGAAUAUAAUUUUUAUUAUCAAAAGUAAAACAGCUUGUGGGAAAAAGAAUGUACUAAUGUUGAGAGGCAGAAAGAAAAACUUUGGAAAAAAUAGUGAUUCUGCCAAAUCCUGGCCCUAUAUUCUCUAGGCAUAGAUCUUUUUCUCCCUUUUACAAAAUCAGGAUAGUAGAAGCUAUUUUUUGACCCCUACUGAAUCAUGAGCCUGAAUUCUAUAAUGAGAGAGCAGUUUUAGAAAGGGAGCCAGGUCAAAGUUGUAUCAAAUCAGAGCAUUCCAAAUCAAGACAAAAGAUGACUUUCUAUAAUAGAACAUACGUUCUUAAUUAUUAAAAUAUGUUAAUUAUUCUCUCUGGAGAAAUGGAAUAUGUCUAUUCAUUUCUUAAAAUCCAUCUAAUUUGAAUUUUUAAAAACUUGGCAUGCAAGUAAUUCUUUGUGCGUAUUGUACUCUUUAGUUGGCCACAUCCAUUCAUACCCAUUAUUUUGUAAAUUGUAAUCAGGUGAAAUAAAUGAGAUGGAA